AUGCCCCUCACUGGUGAUGAGCGUGUGUGUCCCGAGUUCCAGCCCAACAUCUUCGAUUCGUCACGCUGCCACGAGUGUCUUCGUCUUAAACACUUGCACACACCCACACACACACCUGCACAGGUGAAUCCGGUCAGCGAGAGCAGCAGCAGCAGAGAAGAGAAGGAACAGAGCACUCAGGACGAGUCUGACGAUGUGUCGGUGCUGAGCGCUGGCUCUCUGUGUAUCCUCAGUCCUGACUGUGACCUUUACGUAUGUGACGGAGACGUGAGCCAAGACCCAGACGAAGAACUCACCUUUGACAGUCAGUGUGAAGGUGACUCGUCCUCCAGCGUCUCUUCUUCUUCUGAAGAAGUGGAAGACUUCUUCUCUCUUUCAUGCAGCAGGAUGACACGUCUGGAUCCACCGUCACACCGGAACAAUCCACGCAUGUGGAUGGAGGAAGCACGCAGUCGAGACACCUUCAACCGCCGCUCCUCCGUCCCACACGUAAGUUCAAAGGUUGCUCAAGAUCGGGAAAGUGGAUAUUUCUCUCUAGGUCGUGCAACUGGUGCUCGGACAUUAAGUGACAAAAGUCCUUCUCCUCAUCGGCAUGCUGAACGUGGACAUCCUUUACCAAGCAACCGAACACUUGAGCCCAAGGCUGCCAUUCCAUUUCGAAAUCCAGACCUUGGUGUACCUUCACAGAGAAGAACCUCUGAGAUCCAGAAUCCAGAUCUGGCACCAGUCGAACUGAACUUAUCUCCAGAACCUGUGGACCUCAGCAUUGAAGUCGAGGCUCAGGCAGGUCCGAGAUCUUUAAGUCCCACGCCAUUCAAGCAGGCAGAAUCAUUAGCAUCAGCAAAAAAAAAAGAGUUUAGAGCCUCGAAUUCUUCUUCCAGUCAAUUCGGAAAUUUCUUGUCCUCCAAACAGGAUUCAGGCUUUUCUCGCUCGUCAUCUCCAUCCAGAAGUUCCUCCCCUUUCAAAAGGACAGAGUCUGUGUCCUCACUAUCAUCUCGUGGCUAUGGGAGGGACAGUGUUUCAGAGAGGCGAGAUCAACAAUCCCACAACCUGAAUCGGACGUCAUUUGGUCGUUCAGCUGAAGCUGAACCCAUUCGGAAAAACUUUAAAACUUUUGCUAACACUGUGAGUGCCAUUGGUAGUGGCACUAAGUCACAGUCAAGCCCUUAUGCUGACCUGAGAGCAGGGUUAAGGAAGACAGAUCCCCCUAGUGGGCAAAGCACUAAAAUUCAAAGUCCCUCCCCUGCAAGGCGGAGCCAUGAUGUAGCUGGCCAGUCACUUCUCCGUAAAACGGAGACAAAAAACAUUUCAAGUAGUCAAAAGAAAUGUGAAAUUCGAAACUCUUCACCAGCCAGGAAUAGCGGUCAGUCCAUGUUGCGUAAAGUGGUUGAAGGCUGGCGUAGCGCUUCACCUGUAAGAAAGGGCUAUGGGACGGCCAGCCAACAAGAAAAAAAUCUUGUUUCAAAUGGUUGGAGUCAUAACACCACAAGCUCCUCACCUUCAAGAAGGAACUUUGAGGCUAGCAGCCUGUCACUGCAUAAAUCCGAGACCAAGAGACACUCCCCCCAAUUAAUGCGGAGCAACGAUGUACUUACUAAACAAUCAUCUUUAAACAAAACUGGAUCAGAGCUAUCUUCCUAUAGCCGAAGUCCAUCUCCCUCAAAAAGGGGUUACGACCCUCCUGGGCAAUCACGUUUUCACAAACCAGAGAGCAGCAGUUAUUCUAGAUCAAGUAGAUCUCCACAUAACCGAAGUCCGUCCCCUUCAAAGCAGGAUUACGACCCUCCUGGCCAAUCACGUUUUCAAAAACCAGAGAGCAGCAGUUAUUCUGGAUCAAACAGAUCUCCUUGUAACCGAAGUCCAUCCACUUCAAAACGAGAUUAUGACCCUCCAGGCCAAUCACGUUUUCUCAAACCAGAGGGCAGCAGUUAUUCUGGAUCAAACAGAUCUCCACAUAACCGAAGUCCGUCCCCUUCAAAGCAGGAUUAUGACCCUCUUGGCCAAUCACGCUUUCUCAAAACAGAGAGCAGCAGUUAUUCUGGAUCAAACAGAUCUCCUCGUAACCGAAGUCCAUCCACUUCAAAACGGGAUUACGACCCUCCUGGCCAAUCACGCUUUCUCAAACCAGAGAGCAGCAGUUAUUCUGGAUCAAACAGAUCUCCACAUAACCGAAGUCUGUCCCCUUCAAAGCAGGAUUACGACCCUCCUGGCCAAUCACGCUUUCUCAAACCAGAGAGCAGCAGUUAUUCUGGAUUAAACAGAUCUCCACAUAACCGAAAUCUGUCCCCUUCGAAGCAGGAUUACGACCCUCCUGGCCAAUCACGCUUUCUCAAACCAGAGAGCAGCAGUUAUUCUGGAUUAAACAGAUCUCCACAUAACCGAAAUCUGUCCCCUUCGAAGCAAGGUUAUGAUCCUCCUGACCAGUCACAUUUUAAAUCAGAGUGCAGCAACUGUUCUAAAAGUGGAUGGGGCCAGGCUAUAUUACACAAAACUGUCAGUGAAUCCAGGAUUGAGUCUGCAUCCUACAUGGGGAAAUCAUCUAACAGCAGCACAGCAGGGUCAUGGCGAGGCUCCACACACUCUCUAAACAGCCCACCGAUAUCUCGAAACUCCUCUCCUUCCAGGAAGAACAGAGAAAGCAAGCUUGCAGGUGUUCAGAAAUCGACCCAUGUUUCCUGGAGUACCGGAGACAGGAGGCAGGGUCGGGAUAAUCACGGCCCCUCCAACCGGAGGAGAAGCCCCUCCCCCAUGACGAGAAGCCACACUUCUUCUCAGAGCUCGAUAGAUUCAGUUAUGUCGAGCGGCUCGUCUGGUCUAAACCGAGAAGAAUAUGCCAUUAUGGCUGACCUUCCAAAGGUCAAGAAGGUUCUCCACAGGGCGAGCCCCAACCAGAUGGAGGGGACGGAGAGAGGAAACAGAGACGAAACCUCAUUAUAUAAACCAGCCAGCCACUCCCACACUAAACCUGCCCACAUCACCUGGGACGACAUGAUGGAUCAGCGAGGAAAUCCCUUGCCAACACACACUCCGUCACACACACAGGAAAAUAAGAUGGAGCAGGAGAAGAGCGAGAGAGUUCAACAGAACACGCCGUCUCUGCAGUAA